AUGUUUAUUUAAAAAAUGUUUAUAUCUAUGUGAUGACUCGUUGAGUCGUUGGUUGGGAUGUGAAAUUACAUUCACUGCAAUUUGUUUCACUGUACGCUUCGAAGCAGUCAUACGGUAAUUUAGAGCUCAGAAAAGAUGUUCAACAUGUUCCGAAACCUGGCGGACUGCCUACAUGUAGUGGCCUUUGUUAUUAUGCUAAUAAAAUUGUAUCGUACGAAAUCAUGUGCAGGAAUAUCUGGAAAAACCCAAAUCUUGUUCGCGAUCGUGUUUACCAUGCGCUACGCAGAUUUGCUUUCGCCAAACCAUUACCACAGCUACUAUGUGUCAUCAAUGAAAAUAAUAUUUAUCGUGUUUAGUUACGCUAUCGUGUACAUGAUCUAUGGCCCGUACAAGAAAACCUACGAUCAUGAAAAUGACUUGAUAUACAACGAGUUCCUGGUGGUUCCUUGCUUCGUGUUGGCACUUUUCCUGGCCGCCGAUAGGAACAAUCCCUUGGAGAUCAUGUGGACAUUUUCGAUUUUCCUGGAAGCGAUUGCAAUCAUUCCCCAGCUUGAACUAUUAUGCAAAAUCAAUUUCAUAGACAACUACACUGUCUGCUAUUUGCUCUCAUUGGGGCUGUAUCGAGCAAUGUAUAUCAUCAACUGGAUUUAUCGCUACAGCUAUGAGGAGCAUCUGGAUUCAAUUGCAAUUUUUUCUGGCUUUGUGCAGACCACUCUGUUUGCGCUGGUUUUUGUGCGUCUAUUCUCCCUGAAGCGCCGCGAAAGCCGUACUAUGAUAAAUGUGGUUAUCUGAUUGUACACAUCGAAAACAUUACUCAAAAGAAUCUAUGCGUUUCGUUUCGCCCCACAGCAAUGGCCAAUCUCAUGAGAAAUUACUAAACUGGUUUGUACAUAUUCAAUUAAUAAACUCAAUGAAGUUAAUUAAUGAUACCAAAAACAUGUACGCAGCAUACUUAAUUUUAAUUGACAAAAAUAAAUUGGAAAAUUUUAAGCAAUGCAAUUUACCACAUAAAUUUUUUAGUAUGUUACCCCAGGAACAAAUGUAAAGCUAAUUCUAGCCAAACAAGAAAAUACCUAAUAGAACUGCAUAUAUGUAAUAUGUUUAAGUAUUAGUACUCAUCAAGCUUAUAUACUAAAAAAACAUGCCAUAUAGAAAGACUUGUAUCCACAUGGGAUAAAAGGAGACGACAUAGGACUGUAUAUUAUAAUUUUAUCAGUUUAUUAGAAUAUUUCCGUACAUUUUUUCUUUUAAAAAUGAGUCAUCAGCACCUUGCGACUGACGUAGAAAACUAUGCGGUAUAAAAAGCGAUUAAAGUGGCGUCGAAAGCCGAUGAUAUUCGAGAAUCUGUUGUAUAGUUGAUUCGCCGAUUCAGCAUGAAAGUUUGACAGUGUUGUGGGGUUUGUUUUGAUUACUUAUUCGCAAGACCCAGAAGCAAAAAACUGCAAAAAUUGCAAAAAUCCAAAUCACACCUCAAACUUGAGGAUCGGAAUUAUCGGAAAUGAAUUUUUGUGCGCAUUUUUUGUUAUUAUCGGAUUAUUUUUCAGUAAGGACUCAUGCUUUAGGUCAGCGGUUCUCAAGCUUCUUUUAUCCGCGAGCCCCCUGAAUAUAUUUCAUAAAAAAU